GCCCGGCAGGAGGGCGGGCGGGAGAUGGCGGCCUGGGCGCGGGCGGUGCGGGGGCUGCUGCUGGAUGUCAGCGGGGUCCUCUACGACAGCGGCGGCGAUGGCGGGGUGCCCAUCGCCGGCUCGGUGGAGGCGGUGCGCAGGAUCAAAGCAUCUGGUCUGAAGCUGCGGUUCUGCACUAAUGAAACUCAAGCGACCCGGGAGAAGUUUGUAAAGAAGCUCCAGGGCAUGGGCUUUGACAUCUCUGUGGCCGAAGUGACUGCGCCAGCCCCAGCAGCCUGCCGCAUUUUGAAGGAACGCAGCCUGAGGCCACACUUGCUCGUGCACAAUGAUCUUGUCCCUGAAUUUGCUGAGAUUGAUAAAGCAAACCCAAACUGCGUGGUUAUCGGAGAUGCAGCAGAAAACUUCACCUAUGCAAACCUUAAUGAAGCUUUCCGAGUUCUGAUUGGGAUGGAGAAGCCUGUUUUGAUCUCCCUUGGAAGAGGACGCUACUAUAAAGAAACUGAUGGUCUGAAACUUGAUGUUGGAGCAUAUAUGAAGGCAUUAGAGUACGCUUGUGAUGUCCAAGCUGAGGUGGUGGGAAAACCAGCAAAAGCGUUUUUUGAGUCAGCCUUAGCAGAAAUGGGAGUUCCACCACAGGAGGCCAUCAUGAUUGGAGACGAUAUUGUGAAUGAUGUCGGAGGUGCCCAGCGGUGCGGGAUGAGAGCUCUGCAAGUGCGGACCGGGAAGUACAGAGAAAAACCAUGGGAGAGUAAUCAUUUGCACGGUUUCAUGGGAUCCGAGGCUUGCAGUGAAGUCUCCCCCCAGAGAUCCCUGUCGUCUGCUGCUAUUGCCUGCAUGAAGAAGGGCCGUGUAAAAUGGAGUGCGUUAAUUUGGGCCUUGCGAUGAAAACCACCCCCACGUGAAGCCUGACGCGUACGUGAACAACCUCGCCGAGGCGGUUGACGUUAUCCUCCAGCAGCUGUAAGAGCGACGGCGCCGUGGGCGAUGGGGAGGAAGGAGGAGGAGGCCUCACGCGCAGCCCCUCCAUCCUCGCCCAGCUCCAUCUGGCGCCGACGCACCCAGACCCGGCCUUGCCCGGGGGGGUGAGCGCCCGUUCCUAAAUGUUUCACGUAAUGGUACUAAAAUGAUCUACUGACCUCGUCAAAGGGAAGACGGAACCUGCUCUCCUCCGGCAUGUCUUCAACGUUUUCCCCUCGGUGCCGUGCCCCUGCCAGCACAGCUGAAACCGGCUCUCCCAGGAUUGCCAGGCUCUUCCCCGCAUCGGAGCCCGGAGGGUGCUGAGGGCCCUCUGCCACCCCCGAGCGAUGCUGGGGGGGUCACUGCCCCCUGUAACUCUUUGCUCACCCCGGGGACCCAGCCCUGGGUGGGAAACGGGGGACCCAGCACCCCUUCACGGACCAGCUUUGCUUUUUAACUCGCCCUUUCUGUGCCUUUUUGAGUGCCUGAGAGGGGGUGGGAGAUGUCCUUGAGGGGUGAUGGAGGCCACCAAGCCCUGGGUCCCAGCUCUGUGGGGUGCCCUCUGUGCCUCUGGCCUUGGGCGGCAGGAAAACCCUGGGGAGGAGGACAGCCCCUGUGCCCUUGGCAAGCCGGUAACCGUGUUUCUGCCAUGAUUAGUCCCUGUCCGGGUCAGGGCUCGGGAAUCUGGUAACGUUGCGGCACGUGACGGAAUAACCACGCCAUCAUGUCAGGAAUAAACCCCAUCCGGUAGA